UAUAUUAUAUUAAUAUAUUUGUUAUAUUUUUCAGUUGACAGUGUACUCCAUGUUAUGUCCUUGGCCGACCGAGAUUGAGUUUGUGAGUUACAUAACCGGGGGUCAGCCUCCGUUAUUUGUUGACUUGGAGGAACUUGUGUUGGGUGAGGAUGGGCAACCAACACAGGAUGCUUUGCGAAGCCAGCCCGAAAAGCUUGCCUCCACAUUGGAAGAACGAGCGGAGGCAGCCCGAAUAUUUAAAGACUCUACACCACCUCCACCGUCUCCACCACGUGCACCGCCUGCAGUUCCAGAUGGGUCUGGUGUUGACCCAUCUCCAGCUUCAGUUCCUGAUGGGUCUGGUGUUGACCCAUCUGCAGCUUCAGUUCCAGAUCAGUGUGGUGUUGACCCACUUGCAGCAUCACAGGGUCCUCCUGUUCCCCCGUCAGCUUCUAUUCCCAGCACCUUAGAGGCUCGCGAUCCAGUAUACCCUGCCAUUUUGGCAAGGUUGGAGACUGUGGAGAGGGGGCAGGCCGCUCUACUAAGAGGACAAACAGCGAUUAUGGAUCAGUUGAAGACCAUAAUGAUGCUCCUGCAAGAUCUUGGAAGGCCAGCAGUAGAUUCACAGCCACAGCCACAGCCACAGCCACAGCCAGAAGAGGAGGCUCGGACACCGGAAGAUGACUUCAUUCUCCCAAAUGAUUACCAAUCGGAUGAUGAUGACAUGUUCUGUACACCUGAGAAGACGAAUAUCACCAGCAUCGGGGAUACUCAGGAUUCUGAGGUGCAGGUGUUAGAGACAGCUCCAGAAGUCAUGGAGAACCGGAGGAAGAGAAGGCGGCCUAGGUGGUUCGCUGAGUACACUGAAAUGAAGAAGAAGGCUAGGGCUACUUCGACACUCGUGAAUGCGGACCCACUUAGAGUGGUUGAUCGGAAGCUGCUCAAGACUUUUCACAAUUAGGUACUCGGCCAGAUUGGGAACAAUUACCCGAGAGAGUGCUUCACCGGUCGAUACCAUUCGUCUUGGUUCCUCGAACUACAUACUCCGAAGUUUUGGCUUGGGAACGAUCAUUUGGAUGCGGCAUUCCAUUUGAUGAGGAGGCGACAACACUUUUAUCCAGAGGCCUACCCAAAUAGAUGUGUCAUCACGCCGUGUAUUUUCCCAGCAGGAGUUAUUGCUCGGUGGGAAGCUACGGGUGAUGACCAGGCUAACUAUCAGUGGAACGAGAGCAUAUUAGAUUUGAUUCUAGGGGAUGAAAGUCAAUUCUUAGCCAGUUGGAAGAAUAAGGAGAGAAUAUAUAUGGCCCUCUACUUCGAUGGAGCAAAGCAUUGGGUGGCACUAGAGGUAGAUCUGGAUCAUUGGUUGUUGAACAUAUUUGACUCGAGCCUCGGAUCGAUUUCCCCGAACGAAUUGAAGAGACACCCGACAAUGUGGGAAAAAUUACUACCAAAUUUGCUGCUGCAGGCUGGCCUAUUCGAGACUCAUGACAUGAUCCUCGUGCCUCAACUUACCGCCUCAGUGAGCCAGGUCAAAAAUUUCACUUCAAAAGUCAUGGAUCGGGCCGUUGUUCCACACACAAAGACAAGGUAACUUAAUUACAAUUGAUUUUUUAGUCAUUUAACUUGAAUUUAAUUUGCAUACUUUUAUUUAUUUACUUUUUAUUGUCUCAUACAGCGGUAACUGCGGGAUGUACGUGAUAGAGCACAUCGAGCAUAGUAUGAUGGAGACUACGUUUGAUAAUGUGCACGAUGAGAAUAUGAAGAAAUUUAGAGAGCGGUGGUGUGUAGAUUUGUUUUACCAGAAUUUAGCAUGAACAAAUGUGUUUUUUAUUUGGUAUUUAUUAAGAUAACAAUGUAACUGGUUUUUUUAUUGGUA